UGCUGGGGUCUCCAUGUGGAAGAUGGGUGGCAGCUGGCAAGCUCAGUUUGCAUGUAGAUGUUUUAUCUGUAAUGUUUCCCCCCUAAACUAACUGUACUGGGCUGCGUCACUAUUCCUGACGCAGAGUCAGCAGCAGGUGCUGCACUAAGGGCAGAGCGACUGCGAUGAUCAUAGUGAAUUGCAAGGGGGCUGUAACCCCCAGUCUUGAGGAAGAGGGACACAGGAGGCCAGGUGCUGGCUGGAGGCCAAGUCCCAGGGAAGCUCCCUUGAGCAGGCACUGGUUAGCCUAGCGGCUUCUGGCUCUGUCCCGAGCACACUUGGCUCUGCCAGCCACAGCCACUGCCAGGGCGGCUUGGAACGUGCUUCGAAGAAGGACCCGGCCAGCUCCAGCAGUAACCCCAGCAACCGGGGGCAGCCCCGCCCUCGUCCUCAGCGCCCGCGCUGUGACUGCGCGAACUGGGCCUUCCCGGUCGCCGUCGGGCUGUGCAGUCAGGCAAGUGGAUAUUUUUCAAGCCCUGCAGACCUCAAAGGAAAAAAGCUGAGUCUUGGUGUGAAGAAACUUUCAGCUUUUUAAAGGAAGAGUUGAAGACUUGUCAGUACAGUUUGGUUGAAAGUGUCUCAUAUAUAGAUAUUAAAUCGAGAUUAAAAUGGAUAUCAGAGGUGCUGUGGAUGCUGCUGUCCCAACAAACAUAAUUGCUGCCAAAGCUGCUGAAGUUCGGGCAAACAAAGUAAACUGGCAGUCAUAUCUCCAAGGACAGAUGAUUUCAGGUGAAGACUGUGAAUUUAUUCAAAGAUUUGAGCAGAAGAGGAGCCCAGAAGGAAAACAAGAAUUGCUGCAAGCAGAAGGCAGUCAGUGUGCUAAAACAUUCAUAAACUUGAUGACUCAUAUCUCCAAGGAGCAGACAGUUCAGUACAUCCUAACUAUGAUUGAUGAUAUGCUGCAAGAAAAUCAUCAGCGUGUUAGUAUUUUCUUUGACUAUGCAAAACGUGGUAAGAGCACUGCAUGGUCCUACUUUCUGCCUAUGUUGAACCGCCAAGAUCUCUUCACUGUGCACAUGGCAGCAAGAAUUAUUGCCAAAUUGGCUGCCUGGGGAAAAGAGCUGAUGGAAGGCAGUGAUCUGAAUUAUUAUUUCAACUGGAUUAAAACUCAACUUAGUUCACAGAAACUUCGUGGUACCAUGGGUGUUAUUGAAACAGGAACAGUCUCAACCAGUGAUAGUUCCCAAUAUGUACAGUGUGUUGCUGGAUGCCUGCAGCUGAUGCUCAGGGUCAAUGAAUAUCGUUUUGCAUGGGUAGAAGCAGAUGGGGUGAACUGUAUCAUGGGAGUCCUGAGUAACAAAUGUGGCUUCCAGCUCCAGUAUCAGAUGAUUUUCUCCAUAUGGCUCUUGGCAUUCAGUCCUCAAAUGUGUGAAUAUCUGCGUCGAUAUAAUAUUGUUCCAGUUCUGUCUGACAUUCUCCAAGAAUCUGUCAAAGAGAAAGUAACUAGAAUUAUCCUUGCAGCAUUUCGGAAUCUUUUAGAAAAAUCUAUUGAAAGAGAAACUCGCCAAGAGUAUGCUCUCGCUAUGAUCCAGUGCAAAAUUCUGAAGCAACUAGAGAACUUGGAUCAGCAGAAAUAUGAUGAUGAAGACAUAAGUGAGGAUAUUAAGUUUCUACUGGAAAAACUUGGUGAGAGUGUCCAGGAUCUUAGUUCAUUUGAUGAGUACAGUUCUGAGCUCAAGUCAGGAAGAUUAGAAUGGAGUCCUGUACACAAAUCUGAGAAAUUUUGGCGAGAGAAUGCUGUGAGAUUAAAUGAAAAGAAUUACGAGCUAUUGAAAAUCCUGACGAAGCUUCUGGAGGUUUCUGACGACCCGCAAGUCUUAGCUGUAGCUGCUCAUGAUGUGGGAGAAUAUGUACGACACUAUCCUCGAGGGAAGCGAGUGAUUGAGCAGCUUGGUGGUAAACAGCUAGUAAUGAACCACAUGCAUCACGAAGACCAGCAAGUUCGCUAUAAUGCCCUACUGGCUGUACAGAAGCUGAUGGUUCACAACUGGGAAUAUCUUGGGAAGCAGUUACAGUCAGAACAACCUCCAACAGUCACGGCACGAAGCUAAACAUUUCAAACUGUAUGUUACAACUCUUCCUUCCUGGGUAUAGCUGGAGUAUAUAUAUAUCUUAAAUUGAUAAUAAGCAAACAUUCUUGGUUGCAAUAUUUGCUUCCUGCUAAUGUGUCGAUUUCUUUCCUGUUUUCCUCUGGUGCUGUCGCCUAGUAAAAGUUAGUGUUUGUUCAACUACUUCUGACGAAUCUGCCAGUUGACAUCCUGCUAUAUUACCAACGUAUCUGAAGAAACAUGGCUGAUGUAUACUGCCUUUAUUUUAUGUAUUUAUUGUUGUCUCAUAACAAGAACCUUAUUAAAGGAUAUUCAUUCCAGGGCACUACCUUGACUCCCUUGAUAUUUUCUUUCAGUGUUAUUGUCCAUUUCUGAAAACAGGAAUAAAUUCCUGUUUCUAUGUACAGAGUAAUUCAUAAAAUUGUCUUCUAAGGCAUUGUGCUGUAUGAAAUUCAGUAAUCUGGAAAACAUUGCUGAUCAGUUUCAAUAAAGUCUUAUUUAAAACAAUA